AUUACCCUUGACUCGUUUUGUAUGAUGCUUAGAAAGUGCCACAUAUCAUAAUAUCUCUCUCUAGCUGGAAACAAAGCAAGGUUCUCCUACAAAGGCUAAAGGUCAAACUAGAACACUAGCCUUUCUGUGAAUUGCAUCACAGCCAUCUAUUUUUAGCAAAAAAUCAUGCUGAGAAUUGGUUUAAGUGAAAACGGUUCCUAUUCAAGGGCUUUGUUUGGAGAGAGUUUCCACAGGCUGUUGUCUACUCACACUGGAAGGAAGCUACAAGAUAAGGUAGCACUGAUAACUGGGGCAGCUAGUGGAAUAGGAAAAGCUACAGCAACCAAAUUUAUCAAUAAUGGUGCCAGAGUUAUUAUUGCAGAUAUCCAACAAAAACUUGGUCAAGAAACCGCAAAUGAACUAGGGCCUAAUGCCAGUUUUAUAACAUGUGAUGUCACAAAAGAAUCAGACAUAUCCAAUGCUGUUGAUUUUUCAAUUUCUGAACACAAACGGCUUGAUAUCAUGUUCAACAAUGCAGGGAUAGCAUGUAGAACUCCUCCAAGUAUUGUGGACUUAGACAUGACAGUAUUUGACAAAGUCAUGAAGAUAAACGUUGGCGGGCUUGUGGCCGGUAUCAAGCAUGCAGCACGAGUUAUGAUCCCGCAUGGAACGGGCUCGAUUCUUUGCACAGCAAGUAUCACAGGUGUGAUGGGAGGGAUGUCACAACACACAUAUUCAAUAUCGAAGUGUGCUGUUAUAGGUACUGUUAAAUCCAUGGCUUCAGAACUAUGCAGGCAUGGAAUAAGAGUGAAUUGCAUAUCACCUUUUGCAAUUCCUACUACUUUUGUUAUGGAGGAGAUGAGUCUGUUGUAUCCAAAUGUUGAUGCUCAGAGACAUAUGGAAAUUGUUCAUAAUGCUGGUGUUCUGAAGGGAGCAAAUUGUGAACCAAAUGAUAUUGCUAAUGCUGCCCUUUUUCUUGUAUCUGAUGAUGCUAAGUAUGUUAGUGGUCAUAAUUUGGUUGUGGAUGGAGGUUUUACAUCCUUCAAGAAUUUGGAUUUUCCUGCACCAAAUCAAGUGCAGUAGAAGUUUGUGUAAUUUAUAUUUAUAGAGAAAAAAACCAUCACAAUGAUGAAAAGAACCUGCCAAUUUCAAAUUUUAGAUUAUUUUUCAGAAAGCCAAAUUCACUUUCUCA